AUGGCGGCGCCUCUUCUUUGCUUCGCCGUCGUGGCCGCGGCGGCUUUCGCCGGCGCGUCGGGGCAGGAGCUCACCGCGGACUACUACGACGAGGCGUGCCCGCAGGCGCUCUCGGCCAUCAAGCUCGUCGUCGGUGCGGCCAUCGUCAAGGAGCCGAGGAUGGGCGCCUCCCUCGUCCGGCUGCACUUCCACGACUGCUUCGUCAACGGCUGCGACGGCUCCAUUCUGCUGGACGACACCGAGGGCAUGGUCGGGGAGAAGACGUCCAAGGCCAACAACAUGUCGGUGAGAGGGUUCGGCGUCAUCGACGCCAUCAAGACCGCCGUCAACACGGCGUGCCUGGGGAAUGUCGUCUCCUGCGCCGACAUCCUCGCUGUUGCCGCUCGCGACUCCAUUGUUCAGCUUGGGGGAAGCUCGUACGACGUGCUCCUGGGCCGGCGGGACGCGACGACGGCGAGCAUCGACGACGCGGACGACACCAUCCCGAACCCGUUCAUGGACCUGCCGGAGCUGCUCGCCAACUUCCAGGCCCAGGGCCUGUCGCUCCGGGACCUGGUCGUGCUCUCGGGCGCCCACACGCUCGGCUACUCCCGCUGCGUCUUCUACCGCGACCGCCUCUACAACGAGACCGGCAGCCUGGACCCGACCUACGCGGCGGCGCUGGACGAGCGGUGCCCGCCCGCCGGCGACGAUGAGGCGCUGGCGUCGCUGGACGACACGCCGACGACCGUGGACACGGACUACUACCAGGGCAUCACGCAGGGCCGCGCGCUGCUGCACACAGACCAGCAGCUGUACCUGGGAGACGGGGGCGACAGCGACGCGCUGGUGCAGUACUACGCCGAGAGCCCGGACAAGUUCUGGGCGGACUUCGGCGCAGCGAUGCUCAAGCUGGGCGGCCUGAGCCCGCUCACCGGCCAGGACGGCGAGGUCAGGGAGGACUGCAGGGUGGUGAACCAGGGGUGA